UCAGGGGGGGAUAAGAACUGCGCAUGCGUCCUCCAGAGAGGCGUUGCUUUCUGAGCCUGCGAACAUGUGGCUCCUCGCGCAUGCGCAAUCUUUCACCGGCUUACCUGCAUGCCCGCGGAGGGAUCAGUCGGAGUGGCGCUCCUGUCAGAGCCGGCAUGGAGCAAUGGCUGCUUCCUUUCCUCUUCCUCCUGGCAGCGGCGGAGGCCGAUGGCUCCCAAUGUGCCAAUGUGGGGGAAUUCCUCUGUCCCGGCGGCGGGCCUUGCCUGCCUUCACAGCGCCUCUGUGACGGGCAACGGGACUGUGUGGACGGCUCCGACGAGGCCGAGGAGAGCUGUGUCUCCAGCCGCAGCGCCUGCCGGGAGGAUGAGUUCCGGUGUUCGCCAGAUGCCGAAUGUUACCCGCGGGCCUUCCUGUGCGACCAGCACCCCGACUGCUACGACGGGUGGGACGAAAGGGGCUGCGCUCCCCAGGCAACGGAGGUGACAGAAAGGAGCCAGACAGAGCCCCUGGAUGGCCCUGAAAGUACGGCGGACAAACACUGGGACAUUCUUACCAUUGUUGCACUCCUGCUCUUGGCGGCCACAGUCCUUGUGGUCAGUGUCCCAUGGGUCAGUCGCAAAGCCAAGACCCUCCUGUUGAGAUUCCGUCAGGAUCAGGCCUCUGAGGAGCAACUGAUGAGGAAAGAGCAACCAUGAAGUCCGCUUUGGGCUGGAUCUACACUGCCUUGCCAUGCACUUUCUGAAGGAAAGCAAAUUCAACUGAACUGGAUUAUAGAUGAAUCUGCAUGCAGAACGGAUCGGUCUCCGUCAGGUGCCGAAGAAGACCACCGAAGGACGCGAAAUUCCCUUCAGAUGACGGAUUAUAAACACAGAAACAGACCUGGGUGGGCUUUAAAGCCAAAGUCUCCAAGGAAUGCCCUUUCUUUCCAUAAUCUGGAAAACUGGGAAAAUGUGCUUGUCUAGACUUGCUUGGACCCAGAAUCCCCCACUCUGAGCUGGAAUGGGUAAGGGAUGAUGGGCGUUGUGGUCUGAGUCGCACACCUGGAUAGAGCUUCUCUCUUGCAGCCUUGUUUCUCCUUAUAGCGUCCUAUUCUCAUUGCAGAUCCCAUUGGGGGAUCCCGUCAGGUCCCCAAACUUUGCCGCAUUUAGUGUUCUGUUGGUUUUUUCCCAUUCAUGUCACCAUUUGGAUGACCAGAUAAAGAUCCAUUUCCAUCUUC